UUCCGGAACUCCCAUCAACGAUGGUUUGCAGGCGGCCGCGGCGACCAUCCAUACGUUCAACGUCACCGACAGCGACGACGUUGUCACGUGCUCCACACGAGCGCCGGAAUCCACCUUUUUUUAAUUGGUAGCCGCAACUAGCCCUGCGUUCAGUAUCCGCGUGAAAGCAGAAGUGACGUUGGCUGCAGCUGUCAGUCCGUACGUCAUGAACGUUGAUUGCACAGAUGCCGUAACCGCCGUCAGUUCAACGUUCACCCAGCCAGUCCUUGAUAAGCCGCCGACAUUUGUAUCUGGGAUUCCUGGGAAUUCCCCUGACGUCUCAGACGACAACGUGAUUGCGACGUCACUGGGAAAGUUCACAACUACGGACCCUGAUACCACGUGUUCUGUGACGUUACCUGUGACAACCGUUUAUGAGAUCAGAAAAGUGGCGUCACCGACCGAUCCCCAGAAACCGGAGUUUGAAGUGUGGAUCAGUAACGCCGUUACCCAGGCGUCUAUCGACUUCAAUGACCCGCCUGUUUCCCUUACGUUAACAAUCAAGUGCACUGACAGGAACGUUCUUAAUGACAUCACGGGGACGUUUAACGUCAACAUUGUCGACUCACCGCCGGUUUUCACCGCACUGCCUGCGACCGGAACUAACAUUUUCGACGGUCUUAAGCACGCCACCGAGACCCUUCACACGUUCAGCGUCACCGAUAGCGACGACGCCGUUAACUGCUCUGCAAGAGUGCCGGAAAACGCCCUUUUUGAAGUGAUUGCCGGUGUCGCAUCAAGGUUUACAAUUAACGUAAAGGCGGGGGUAACGCUUAGAGCAGCGAACGGACCUUACGUCAUCAACGUCGACUGCUCAGAUGGCGACAAUGACGUCACUGCGACGUUCACACAACCAGUGAUUGAUACGCCGCCGAGUUUUGUAUCCGGGAUCCCCGGAAGUUCCCCUAACGUCUCUGACUCCACUGUCACGCAGAUGUUACUCGGGACGUUUACACCUACCGACCCGGAUACGGCGUGUUCUGUGACGUCACCAUCCACCACCGUGUAUGAGAUCAGAAAUGUAACGUCACCGGUGAAUGUUUCUCAACCAGAAUUUGAAGUCAGGAUCUCUAGCACCGUGACUGAAGCUGCCAUCGACUUCAACGACCAGGCCGUGCCGUUGACGUUAACGAUACGGUGUACUGACGGCAACCCCGUCAACGUCAUCACCGGGACUUUCAACGUCAAUAUAGUUGAUGAGGUACGUCUGUAG